CGUAGCACAGAAUAGAACCGCGAGCUGUGGGCACCCAUCGCGACAUGUCGCUUGUGGACGUGGCUGUGUAGUUCCAAUGUGCGCCGCUCAUGUGGACACGCUCUAGUUUGAGGAGCGAAAAAGAUGGAUUACACAUUCUCCUCGUACGGACCUGGCCGCUCUCAGGCUUCUCUCUGACAAAAGUGACCAAUCAAAAUGUUUUUGCGUUUGCUGUUCGUUCGCAAGUGAAUAUCCGGUUUUAAACACGCGUUUACAAGAGACCGAAAACUUUUUUAUUCUUAGAACGACACUUAUCGCGUUCUAAGUAGUGACAUGGGGGACACAUCUUACAAACGCCUUUGAACCAGCCAGCAAUAGAUCGCGUUCUAUGAGAGGAAAAGGAAAACAGCGACUUUUUCAAUAUAAUUACGACUGACAGCGAUGGCAAGAGAACAACACUGAAUAAGCGCAUAGAAAGGGAAGCUCUUUCCUUUAUCGCGACUCGUUUCAAUGCCAGUCAGUGUAUAUACACAUAACGGCGUAUACAUGACACUUGCAUAUGCCCUAGCGUCCGCUCUCGAGUCUGAUCGGUAGAAUGGACACUGGAACGUCGUAGCGAAACGCUUUAAUUAAUGCUCACGCGAGUGAACGAGGGAAGGGCACGAUUUCGAAAGAGGGACAGAGAGAAAACGAGAGAAAGGACGAGAUAGCCGAUCGCGAAUAGGAGAGCGUGAUAGAAGAGAUUAUAUAUCGGAGCGAGUUUGUGGAAAAAAAAAAGUGGACGAGAGAAUUUCUACGUGCGAGUUCUCGUCACGCAUCGAGCGUGUUUGCAUCAGUUAGUUGGAAAAAGCGCGCCGUUCCGCAAGGAAAAAUGAAAGCGUCGUCCUCGCGCUCAUGAAGCUAUAAGAGAGAAGAUCAGGUGUGACAUUCAAGAAGACAGGAGAUGUACGGUGCUGAAAAGGAAGAAGUAUCUGAAAGUUGGAUGCACACAUAUGACUUGAGCAGUACAAUGAUUCCAAAUGUGAGCAGAGCGAUGGAUGAUGAUGAGCAUUUCUGCAAACUCAUUCUAUACAAAGAAAUCGAGGAUUCAAGAGUACGAAUAUGGGACGUCAUUAUCCUAGUACCAAAUCUUUUAUUUCUUCUUUUUAUCGCAAUGAGAUUCAAUCGGGCAAGGCUUAAGUUGCGCGCAACAAGUAGUCCAAUAUUUUUAGCUUUCUAUGGUCUUGUAAUUUGUAAUGUAGUUAUAUCGUUAAUACGAUGCAUAGUAUCAAUGACUGUAAACGCAGCUGCAACAGUGGGUGGCAAAGCUGACAAGAUACUAUGGGUUACAGUGAGAUUUUUUCUACUAUCUACAGAGAUGAGUGUGGUUAUAUUUGGUCUGGCGUUUGGUCAUUUGGACAGUCGCUCUAGUAUUCGUAGAGUACUACUUGCUACGUCGCUUAUAGCGUUGGCAUACACGAUUACACAAGGAACACUAGAAUUAGUUUUGCCGGAUGACACAUUUCAUAUUCCGAGCCGUGAUUUCUACGUGUUUGGCCACGGCGGCAUGAUGUUUUGGUUCUGCAGCAGCCUCGUUUUUACCACGAUAUAUCUCUUUAUAUUAAUACUGCCAUGGACAAGGUUACGGGACCGCCUAGCUCUUCCCACACGGAAAAGCUUUUAUGUUUACGCCGGAACGCUAGCGACACUGGAUCUGGUACAGUCAAUUGGCGCAGGAUUUCUAAACUACACACAGAAUCCGGUAGGAUUGUGCAUUGUAGACUUCACUGCAGCAGUGUAUCUAACUCUUUUUACUCCUUUGGUUUAUCAUACAUUCCUGUCCGAGUUUUUUGGAGUUUCACAACCUUCGAUAAUGUUCUCUUAUAAGGCGCAAGUGGACGACGCGAUGGACGAGGACACGGUAUCGUUACCGCAUCAACAGAGUUUCUCGUCCUUGAAAACCGACAGCGAUUACAUCUAUCAGGUCCAUACACCUUCUAUUCACAUGCCGCUGCAUAAUCCCCAAGCACCGAAAUCGCUUGUUCGUAGAAAGGGAUCUUCUCUUUACUCCUUAACAACCACCAAAGAUCCUAAACACAUCGCUCUCAGCGCAUCACAUCGCUUAGAAUCCGGUAUUAGAAGCUUUGAUACAAGUCUUAUCACGAAAAAAGACACCUCAAAGUUGGCUAAUCAUCCCUUAAGAUCCGCUCAAACAAGCGCGCCGGAUUUACGAUCAAAUUCGAAUCGACAAGUUGUUGCGUACGACGGUUCCAGCAGCGUUUCGAAUUUGUUUUUCCACAGUGAUGUCGCUAAAUAUAAAUUUCUGUACAAGCCGGUAGCGAUAGACAGUAACGUUAAUUUAUACGCUCAAACAAGAAAAAGUAGUCUAGAAAGUACGAUAGAUCAGACAACUGAGAAUAUUUUCCAAGGUUACAGUAGCAGUUCUCCGGAAAUAUUUCAAGUUCCGUUAGAGAGCAGUUUGCAAGUCAUAUUGGAAAGUGGAAAUUAUGAGAUCAAAACAAAAGAUCCUCAAGAUUUGAGAACAAGCGACGUCGAUACCUCGAUCGAAGAGAACGCUUGCGCAAAACCGAGCCAUUUCACAACGCACUUAGACGCCAAGAUGUUUAAAACAUGUUCGGAUGAUGUGUUAUCUAAUGUGUCCCAUACCUCAAACGUUACGCAUGAAUUGCUUUCCAAAUCAAUUCCCUCUCGUACAACCGACGUUUAUAGAAAAGACAAAAGCUAUUCGGAGACGAAGAAGGAAGGAAUAUCGAGCGGUUUGAGUGAUUACUUAUUAGCGAUAACGAAAUCUCGCGGGAAACCUAAAAAACGUUAUGAAACGUCAUCAAUGAGCGAAGCGCAACAAGUUUUGUUUCCCGAUUCUGAUCCUAAAUCCUCUCGAGAUUCAGAUUCCUACAAGCAAACCGAAUCUUAGUCUGUUGAUACAUGUAGUCGGGUUCAUUUGUAAAUAUUAUAUUUAAUGUUUCAGGUGUUAUGUUGAUUAAUAUUUCGUUAAUUAUUAAUCCCCCUAUAUAAUAUGCACUAUAACGUAUAUGCAUUAUAACGUAUGUGGUGAGAUGGUACCAUUUGAGAGCUUUAUUUAACUGUAAAUAUCACAGCAUGUUUUUAGACGUUAUCUUGCAAUAUUAAACUCUUUUAUGUAGUCGA